AAAACUACAAGUUGCAAGAACUCCCAGCCGCCUCCUUCCCUUCACCCUCUCUUUCUCUCUGCUCAUCCCAUCAUCAUUGCUUCUCUCUCUUUCUCUCUUUCCAAUCUUAACUAAACAGACGAUGGCUGAGGCACUUGUAUCUCCGAUCUUGGAGCAGUUAACCACGAUCGUUGCUCAACAGGUACAAGAAGAGGUGAACCUAGUAGUGGGUGUGAAGGAACAAUGUGACAGGCUGAAAAGCAAUCUCCUUGAUAUCCAAUCUGUCCUUGAAGAUGCAGAAAGAAAACAAGUGAAGGAUAAGGCUGUAAGAGAUUGGGUAGACAAGCUCAAAGAUGCAUGUUAUGAUAUGGAUGACGUGCUAGAUGAAUGGAGCACUGCAAUUCUUAGAUGGAAAAUGGAGGAAGCUGAAGAAAAUACUCACAGCCGACAGAAGAUACGGUGUUCCUUCCUGGGAUCUCCUUGCUUUUGUUUCAAUCAAGUGGUUCGACGUCGCGACAUUGCCCUGAAGAUCAAAGAAGUUUGUGAAAAAGUGGAUGAUAUUGCCAAAGAGAGAGCUAAGUAUGGCUUUGAUCUGUACAAAGCCACUGAUGAACUCCAGCGACUAACAACUACCUCCUUUGUUGAUGAAUCAAGCGUGAUUGGUCGAGAUGGUGAAAAGAGAAAUGUUGUAAGCAAGUUGCUGGCUGAAAGUAGUCAAGAAGCACGGGACGUGGAUGUCAUCUCUCUAGUAGGGCUGGGCGGAAUUGGAAAAACAACCCUCGCCCAACUAGCUUUUAAUGAUUCUGAGGUUACGGCUCAUUUUGAGAAAAAGAUAUGGGUGUGUGUUUCAGAACCAUUUGAUGAGGUUAGAAUAGCCAAAGCUAUCCUUGAGCAGCUUGAAGGGAGACCAACGAAUUUGGUUGAAUUGCAAUCCCUUUUGCAAGGGGUUUCUGAAUCCAUUACUAGAAAGAGGCUGCUUCUUGUCCUUGAUGAUGUAUGGACAGAAAAUCAUGGACAAUGGGAACAACUGAAACCAUCUCUCACAGGCUGUGCACGAGGAAGCAGAAUCCUAGUGACCACUCGUAAGGACGCUGUGGCAACGAUGAUGGGAACUGACCACCGGAUCAACAUUGAGAAAUUGUCCGAUAAGAUAUGCAGGUCAAUAUUCAAUCAUGUGGCAUUCCAGGAAAGAAGCAAAGAUGAGCGCCAAAGAUUGACAGAUAUCGGCGAUAAAAUUGCAAACAAGUGCAAGGGCUUGCCUCUAGCUGCCAAGGUAUUAGGAGGUCUAAUGCAGUCUAAAAGAACAAGAGAAGAGUGGGAACGUGUUUUAUCUAGCGAACUGUGGAGGCUAGAUGAGGUUGAUAGAGAUCAGGUUGAAAGUCGAAUAUUUAUACCUUUGCUUUUGAGUUACUACGAUUUACCUUAUGUGGUGAGAUGAUGUUUCUUGUAUUGUGCCAUGUUUCCAAAAGACUACGAGAUGGGAAAAUAUGAAUUGGUGAAGAUGUGGAUGGCUCAAGGUUACCUCAAGGAGACUUCAGGUGGAGAUAUGGAGCUUGUAGGAGAGCAGUACUUUCAAGUCUUAGCAGCGCGCUCUUUCUUCCAAGAUUUUAAGAUGGACGAGUUUGAAGGAAUGAAAUUCAAGAUGCAUGAUAUAGUGCAUGAUUUUGCCCAAUAUAUGACAAAAAAUGAAUGUCUAACAGUGGAUGUCAAUGACCUUCGAGAAGCAACAGUGGGGACUUCAAUUGAAAGGGUUCGUCAUUUAAGCAUGAUGCUGUCUGAUGAGACCUCUUUUCCCGAGUCCAUUCACAAAGCGAAAGGUCUUCGCAGCCUCUUGAUCGACACUAGAGACCCUUCGCUUGGAGCUGCACUGCCUGAUUUGUUCAAGCGGUUGACAUGCAUCAAGUCAUUGAAUUUGUCAAGGUCUUCAAUCAAAGAAAUACCAAACGAGGUAGGGAAAUUGAUACGUUUGAGACACCUCAAUCUG